CUUUGACCAGCAUCGGUCCUUUGACUACAAACUCAACUGCCAAUCUUUAACACCAAAGUACUGACAUCAUGGGACGACUAGCGGAGAUGCAGAGGAAGCUCCUUGAGCAAAUGAUGGGCCCUGAAGCAAUGGGAGUUGCUAAUGCCAACCUCGUCUGGUCUGACGAUAAAGUUUGCCGAAACUUUCUGUGCGGGACAUGCCCGCAUGCACUUUUCACAAACACUAAAAUGGAUCUUGGCGCAUGCCCAAAAUCACACACGGAGCGAUUGAAGACAGAGUUUCUGGCAGCUAAAGAGGCAACCCCAAAUGACCCUAUAUUUGCUCGUUUCCAAAUGGAGUAUGAGUCGAACAUAUUUGCCUUUGUGGACGAGUGCGACAGAAGGAUUCGGGCUGCGCACCGAAGGCUGGAGAAGACACCAGAGGAGAACGCGAAGACAACUAAUUUAAUGCGAGAGAUAGCUGAAAUCGAGCUGGCUAUUCAGGGUGGGACUGAGAAGAUCGAGACCCUUGGUGAACAAGGAAAGGUCGAUGAGUCAAUGAGGGAGAUGGCCGCCAUUGAAGCUUUGAAGAGCGAGAAAUCAGAAAAGGAGCGCGAGCUUCAACAACUCACAGAUACGUCCGGUGCCUCCGGCCAUCAAAAACUCCGUGUUUGUGACGUUUGUGGUGCAUACCUUUCCGUGCUCGAUUCCGACCGGCGCCUCGCGGACCACUUUGGAGGCAAGAUGCACUUGGGUUACCACGAGCUGCGUAACAUGCUAGGCAAGUUUCGGGAAGAGCGUGAAAAGCGUAAAAUGCCACCUCCAUCUUCUGUUCCUCCGUCCGGGGUAGCCGGGGGUGCGGGCAGACCCGGCGGAGACCGAGGGGGCGAUCACCGGUCAUCACGUGAUGAUCGUGAACGUGAACGAGGGUAUGAUAAACAUGCAUCAUCAAGAUAUGAUGAUCGUCGAAGAGAUCGUGAUCGCUCUCGAUCGCCCGGGCGCAGACGAUACUGAUAGUGUAUUACGCUUGGAAAGGGUUGGUUUCUGAAGGGGAUAGGAACCAUGAUGUGUUUGCAUCGUGGAUUGGGUGAGGCGCCAAACUUCGAGACGGUUGUAGUAAGUAUGUACAUAUGGUUCUGCGCAGCAGAUAGUGUCGUCUACUGUAUAAGAAACGUGAGGCGGCAAGAGUCGGAAGACCCGCUAAAUUGGCUCAAUAGAGUACUUGGUUCCGUAAUUUUGACUAAACCGAAUUAAGUAGAGAUACCCGAAUAUAUAAUUUUGGUAUAAUUA